AUGGUCCAGAAGACCAGCAUGUCCCGGGGCCCUUACCCACCCUCCCAGGAGAUUCCCAUGGAGGUCUUCGACCCCAGCCCGCAGGGCAAAUACAGCAAGAGGAAAGGGCGGUUCAAAAGGUCGGAUGGAAGCACAUCCUCGGAUACAACGUCCAACAGCUUUGUGCGCCAGGGCUCAGCAGAGUCCUACACCAGCCGUCCAUCGGACUCUGACGUGUCUCUGGAAGAGGACCGGGAAGCCUUAAGGAAGGAAGCAGAGCGCCAGGCAUUAGCCCAGCUUGAGAAAGCCAAGACCAAGCCGGUGGCAUUUGCUGUUCGGACAAAUGUCGGCUACAACCCGUCUCCAGGGGAUGAGGUGCCUGUGCAGGGAGUGGCCAUCACCUUCGAGCCCAAGGACUUCCUGCACAUCAAAGAGAAAUACAAUAAUGACUGGUGGAUCGGGCGACUGGUGAAGGAGGGCUGUGAGGUUGGCUUCAUCCCUAGCCCUGUCAAACUGGACAGCCUGCGUCUGCUGCAGGAGCAGAAACUGCGUCAGAACCGCCUCAGCUCCAGCAAAUCAGGUGACAAUUCCAGCUCCAGUCUGGGAGAUGUGGUGACUGGCACCCGCCGCCCCACGCCCCCUGCCAGUGGUAACGAAAUGACUAACUUAGCCUUUGAACUAGAUCCCCUAGAGUUAGAGGACGAGGAGGCGGAGCUUGGGGAGCAUGGCGGCUCUGCCAAGACUAGUGUUAGCAGUGUCACCACCCCGCCACCCCAUGGCAAGCGCAUCCCCUUCUUCAAGAAGACAGAGCAUGUACCCCCCUAUGACGUGGUGCCUUCCAUGAGGCCCAUCAUCCUGGUGGGACCGUCGCUCAAGGGCUAUGAGGUUACGGACAUGAUGCAGAAAGCUUUGUUCGACUUCUUAAAGCAUCGGUUUGACGGCAGGAUCUCCAUCACUCGUGUGACAGCAGACAUUUCCCUGGCUAAGCGCUCAGUCCUCAACAACCCCAGCAAACACAUCAUCAUUGAGCGCUCCAACACACGCUCCAGCCUGGCUGAGGUUCAGAGCGAGAUUGAGCGAAUCUUCGAGCUGGCCCGGACCCUUCAGUUGGUUGCUCUGGACGCCGACACCAUCAACCACCCGGCCCAGCUCUCCAAGACCUCACUGGCCCCCAUCAUUGUUUACAUCAAGAUCACCUCUCCCAAGGUACUUCAGAGGCUCAUCAAGUCUCGAGGGAAGUCUCAGUCCAAACACCUCAAUGUGCAAAUAGCGGCCUCGGAGAAGCUGGCGCAGUGUCCUCCUGAAAUGUUUGACAUCAUCCUGGACGAGAACCAGUUGGAGGAUGCCUGCGAGCACUUGGCUGAAUACUUGGAAGCCUAUUGGAAGGCCACACACCCGCCCAGCAGCACUCCACCUAACCCACUGCUGAACCGCACCAUGGCUAGUGCAGCCCUGGCUGCCAGCCCUGCCCCUGUCUCCAACCUCCAGGGACCCUACCUUGCUUCCGGGGACCAGUCGCUGGAACGGGCCACCGGGGAGCACGCCAGUGUGCAGGAGUACCCGGGGGAGCUGGGCCAACCCCCAGGCCUUUACCCCAGCAGCCACCCACCAGGCCGGGUUGGCACCGUGCGGGCACUAUCCCGCCAAGACACGUUUGAUGCCGACACCUCUGGCAACCGCAAUUCUGCCUACACGGAGCUGGGAGAUUCAUGUGUGGACAUGGAGACUGACCCCUCGGAGGGGCCAGGGCUUGGAGACCCUGCCGGGGGCAGCACCCCACCAGCUCGUCAGGGAUCCUGGGAAGAUGAGGAAGAAGACUAUGAAGAGGAGCUGACUGACAACCGGAAUCGGGGCCGGAAUAAGGCCCGCUACUGUGCGGAGGGCGGGGGACCAGUGCUGGGACGCAACAAGAACGAGCUGGAGGGCUGGGGACGCGGUGUUUACAUCCGCUGA